GUAAUUAUACUUUUCAAUACGUUGUUGCUCGCUUAUCUGUUAACUAUCACUACGUUGAUAAGACGUGCUUGUUUUACCGGUGGCGUGGUUUUGUGAUGUAUAAAUCGGACAAAUACAAGGCUUAUAAGCUUGAUGAAGUGAGAGAUGAUGGAGCUGAAUGGAUCCGGAGAACUCUUGUAGUAUUUGGUAAAUGGAAGUACUCUCUCCUACUUCUCGUAGUUAACAUUGUCUACAUCUACCUUGGUUCUCUGGUAUUCAUCUACAUUGAGGCAGCAGAGUGGGAAAAAGAGGACAUAUAUCACAAGGAGUAUCUGAACCAUUUGAAGACCCAUAUGAAAAAACCUGAUGAAGUCCUGCCAAAGCUUCUUGAAUUGCAGAAAGAGAUGUGUGUGAAAGAUAACAAUCUCAGCGAAGAAGAAAAAUGGACUUUUACAGGAUCGUUUACGUUCUGUCUUUCUAUUCUCUCUACCAUAGGGUAUGGGGUGAUGUCGCCGCAUGAUACUCUCUCCCGAGGGGUGACCAUGCUCUACGCUCUGUUCGGUCUACCCAUCUACGCAGUCUACCUUAAUCAGGCGAUGAAGGCACUCACUAAGUUCACCUCUGCAUUGUCACGCCUGGGGCUCUGGUUUUGCAGAAAAAGGAAGGAGGAGGAGGAGGAGAAUGAUGAGGAGAAGGAGGCGGGAGAUGUAUCAGAUCAUAAAACUUUGAACUGUGCACAAUGGGAGGAUACAACAGAGUCAAUGAACAUAAACAAGGGGAGCAAAGAUGAAAUGCAGCAUGACAGCGAGUACAGGAAACUUUCCUCAGAAGACUGUCUUGAUCAUUCCCCACACUUAGGCGAAACCCACAGCCACGAGGACCAGAAUACUUUAACAGACUCCCUAGAGAGAUUGAGAAAUCCCGUCUAUGCCGCAGAAACUACGGUGGAAACUUUAUUAAGCAGCGGCAGUGGAAAUUCGAUCGAAAAGUUGUCCGAUGUGAUGCCAAGUUUGAUGGCGUCAGAGGAAGAUGGUCGAAACUGAACCAAUUUCUGUGAACACUUCAACUUGUUCCUUCUACUUACUCAAUCUGCUCAUUACUUUCCUCCUCCUCAUCUCAUAUUUCUGCAUAUUGCUUAUCUGGUGCCCAGUAGAUUAUGAAAAUGAGACCUUGAUGGAUGAAAUAUACUGGCUUAUGAUGAGAUUUACAACUAUCGGAUUUGGGGACGAAUACCGGGACAUCGCGGGGAACCCGGGACUCUUACCAGGGAAUGUAAACAAUUUGAUAGUGUCACUGGUGGUGCUACCUCUGGGUAUAGCUAUGGCAUCUCGUAUGUUCUACUUGUAUAGAAAGAUAGCUGCAGAGAGGAUCAGGCGAGCCAAGGAUAGUACCGGCAAAGGGAUCCGGGUCAAAUUCCAGUGCGAAUGUAUAUAUACCAAAUAGUUAAGCGAUCUAUAAAUCUUGGACCUGUUGACACGUGGCAGUGAUUCUGGGUUCGAUUGGUCAAUUCUGGAAGCUGAUUAGUUAAUCCCUGUCAUGUGAUUGGUCAAUUCUGGAAGCUGAUUAGUUAAUCGCAGUCACGUGUCAGGACUAUAUAAUGGUUCACCUCCCAGUCCCCGUCAGUGUACAGAUUGAUUAAUCCGUGGUUUCAUAAACCGUCAUUUUUAUUGAUCUAUUUUUUGUUAAUCCUAGUUCAGAAAAUAUGUGUUUGUCCCAAUAAAGUUGUCGUUUAUUUACAGACACAUUCGGAAAUAUUAAUCAACUCAAUGCAUACCAAUUAAAUUAAACUAAUAUGACAAUUUCUCUAUUGAUGAACUAAUAUUAAGUAACUCACAACUGAAUAGAGUAGUAGCACCACCCCCUCCUCUAGGAGGAGGUCCUCCCAGAGGCCUGACUUUCUCCAGCUCUCUUUCUCGUACCCUGAGAUAAAGACAUGUUUCUGGUUUCAACAGGUCGUCAGCAGGGACAAAAGGAAAUCGCGGCAUGUACGGAAUCGCGAUUUUUCUCAUUAUUUGCGACAAAUUUAAUGUAUAGUUUAAUAUACCGCGAAAUGUAAUUCGCGGUAUCGCGAUUUUUGGCCAAAAUAAUCGCGAAAUCCUUUUGUCCCUGGUCGUCAGAGUGGUUUAAUUAUGUUAAAAUUUCUCAUGUUCUUCGAAAGUUCAUGGUAAUGUGAACAAUGGUUUGAUGAAGACUGAAGAAUGAUAAAAUUUGUUAUAGAUGAGAAGAUGAUUUGAUAUCAGUUUGUGCAGAAGCGACCAACUUAAAUGUUACUUGCAAGAAAAACUGUUAUCACUUUCCGAUCUCCAUCAGUAGUCAAGUCUUUAAGUAUAACAUGAAUGCGUGGUCAAACUUUAAAAUAAUUUGUACAACUUAAGCAUGUUACAUUCAUGGCGAGUUAGCUUCAUAUGCAUAUGCCAGAAUAACUCGGUAAAUUGAAGAUAGUAAGAGAAGAUCAGCGUAAAUAAAAGUUUAUCAAUUAAGAAGACAUGCAAAACUAUAAAAUAAGGAAUUCAGAGUUUUGAGUCAGUAAAUAACAUCAGAAACUCAGGGU